AUGAAGCAGUUCGCACACGUCGCGACGGCCGUCGCCGCGGCCGCCUGCUUGGCCACCGCGGCCGAAGCUCGCCGCAGCGCCCUUUACGACCACCACAACGUUGAGCGCAACUGGCAGCCGCCUGUUGAGACGGCCAUCGCCGCUGCCGUCCUCAUUGCUGCCGGCGAGGGCUAUGGCGAUGCCGAGUCCAGCUUCCAGGCUGCGAUGCACGACUAUGUCGACGCCCCUGAGCCGCCUGCCACCACGCCCCCACCGGCCUUGGAUCCGCGCUUCAUCGCCAAGCGCCACACGACCGACAACACCUGCGCCUACCUCAGCGGUAUCAGCAGCAUCUCGCUCUACUGCGAAACGUAUCAGGAGUGCGUCGCCAACUCAAUCAAUAAAUUUGCCGGCUGCUGCCCGGACACCUCGACGGCCUGUCCCCUCCCAACGACGUGCUAUCCCUCGUCCAAGCACUCGCUGUACACGACCAGCAACGGGUACACCCUGUGGUGUGGAGACUCCGCGUACCCCGAGUGUGUGACACACUACUACGCCGACUCAGUCUUCUCCGGCUACACUCUUCUUGGCUGUGGCAAGACCCAAGCUGUCGACAAGGUCUGGUUCCUGCCCACUUCGGCCUCGUCGUCUAUCUCGUCAUCGUUGUCGUCCUCGUCUCCGUCGUCUUCGUCUUCGAGCAAGUCCACCAAGUCGCCGACGACGUCCAGCGACUCGACCGCGUCGAACUCGGCCUCCUCGUCGUCCUCGCCGGACGGCGGCGGCAAUGGUGGCGGUAACAACGGCAAGAAGUCCAACACCGGCGCCAUUGCCGGCGGCGUCGUCGGUGGCGUCGCCGGUCUCGGCCUCAUUGGCCUCGGUGCCUUCUUCUUGCUCCGCCGCAGCAACCAAAACAAAGUCAACAACAACGGCAACAACGCUGGCGGUGCGCCGCCGCCCAUGGGCCAGCCACAGCAGGGACCGUACUAUGGCGGCCCUGGCGGCGACCCUGCGGGCUACGCCGCGGGUGGUGCUGCCGCCGGUGUCGGAGCCGCCGCCUACCACGACCCCAACAACCAGUACGCCGGCUACUCGCCGCAGCAGUCCCCGCCCCUGCAGCAGGACGCCAAGGCCUACGACCCGUACCUCUCCAACGGCCAGCAGCAGCCGUUCGACCCCAAUACGCCCUCCGCCGCCGGCAGCCCCCCGCUGGCCCAAGGCCCCCAGGCCGGUGCCUACAACGCGGCUGCCGUCGCCCCUGCCGGCGCCGGCCACAUCAGCCCCAACGAGACCAUUUCGCCCUACAGCGCGCCGCCGCCGCAGCCCGGCAUGGGCUUCCACAGCGGACCUGUGCCGGCGACGCUGGAUGUGGCUGAGCUGCCGACGGAGCGGAACGACGGCGAGCUGCGGGAGCUGGCAUAA